AUGGCCAGUUACAGUGACCAUCAAUUUGUGAACCCAGUUAAGGGUUUUGCACCCAAGAAAAGAAGAGGAUGUGGAGAAGGGGUGGAUAAUGAAGAUGAUCAGAAGGGUCGGGGAGAGAGAGCAUCAAAGAAAAGAAAGAAGAUGGGAAGGGUAGAUUUCAAGAAACUGGGUUUGGAUCCUGCACCCAAUUUCUCUUCCCAAAUUAAAGCCCGGAUAGAUUAUCAAGAAGGGCAUGAUAGUGCAAUAAAGAAGAUGAUCAUGAAACAAAUAUUUAUAACUGAUUUAAAUAUGCACCAUGACUGUUUCUCAAUGCCAUUGAAUCAAAUGAAUGAUUUCAAUAAUUUUCUAAAGAAAAACGAGAUUGAGGGUAUAAAAGUGAUGCUAGUGGAACUGAGUCCUAAGGAUGAUAAUGUUCAUCAAAGCACAAUGAGAUUGAGAAAGUUGAACAUCAACAAAAAUAUUUCCUAUGUGUUAACCACCAAAUGGAAUGAUGUUUUGAAAAGGAAUGAAGGUGUACUGAAUGAGAAUGACAUUGUUAUGGAUGUAGAUAAAGUUGACAGACGUGUUGCAUCUAAGAGAACUACUUCUCAAGAAAAUAACAACGUGGAUCAUGGUGCUAUAGAGCAGUACAGGUUUUUUAUGGUUUUGGUGCAAGUGGGAGUCAAGCCAGCGAGGAAGGUGCUAGCACAAGCCAGGCAUAGAGGAGAUGAUCUAAAGGAGGCAAUUAAUGUUAUGGAAUUGCUAUCUUAA